AUCAUAGCCUUUAUUUUUGGUUGGAAGUUGACAUUGGUUGUUCUGGCUACAGUACCAGCUUUUAUUAUUUCAGCAGGACUACAGAUGAGAUCUAUUGCUGGUUUUGGUGAAAAGACACGAAAAGCAUAUGAAGAAAGUAAUGAAAUCGUUCAACAAAGAAUCAUGAUAUCCUCUCUUGGUUUUGGAUUUGCUCAAGGGGCUUUGUUUUUCAUUUAUGCUUUAGCAUUUUG